CCAUUAACGGGGCUGAUAUGAUAUGAUCCACAACUAGCCCAAUAGACAAACUUUAACGGCCGGAUUACGGAGCAGAGCUACGGUGAGAAAGCCGGAGCUAAAAAUCAAUGGGAAACUCUGAAUCUUCUUCUUCCGAUCCUCGUUUCGUUUCUGCCACCAGAUCUUUCACCCCAAAGUAUCUCGAAGACCUAAAAUCUCUCUUCCAGUCUCUACCUGCUCAAUCAGAGAGUGAUCGCCAAUAUAUAUCUCCCACCGUUUUUAAAAAAUAUUAUGGACUUCACGGUGCACUAGGAGACAGAAUGUUUGAUUUAAUCACACAAAAACGUCGUGAUGAAAAGCUGACCUUUGAGGACCUUGUGAUUGCCAAAGGAAUUUAUGAGAAAGGAACCAGAGAUGAAAUUGAAGAAUUUAUUUAUCAGAUAUUAGAUGUCAGUGAUGAUGGGACUGUAGGAUGGUCUGAUCUUGAAGCCGUUCUUAACGAGUUGUUUGAUUAUAUUUUUUCUAAUAAACAAUCCGAACCUGGUACUGCAUCACACUUAGAAAGCAUUGACGUAUUCAUUAAUGCUGCAAAUUUUUCGAAGGAUGAUGGAGGAUGUGCAAUGUCUUUCGAAGAUUUCAAAAAAUGGUGCACUCUUCUACCAUCUGUUAGGAAGUUUCUUGGGAGCUUGCUGAGGCUUUCUGAUUCAGGUUUUCAAGUUCCUCAUCUGUUACUUCCGGAAGAUCUUGAUCCUAAAAUGAUCUUGUUGAGGAAGGAAUAUGCUUGGCACAUAGGAGGAGCUCUUUCCCAUCAGGAACUGGGUGAAUGGAGACUCUUGUAUCACAGUGCAGUGCAUGGCUUAAGUUUUAGUACGUUCUUAGGGAAAAUAUCAAAUAAUGAAGGAUCAACUGUAUUCGUUAUCAAGGAUACUGAUGGUUACAUAUAUGGAGGUUAUGCUUCUCAACCUUGGGAGAGACAUGCAGACUUUUAUGGGGAUAUGAAGUCUUUUCUCUUUCAGCUGCACCCGAAGGCAUCUAUAUUUCGGCCCACUGGAGCGAAUAAUAAUAUACAGUGGUGUGCUACGAAUUUUAGUUCAGAGAGCAUCCCCAAUGGCAUUGGUUUCGGGGGCCGAGCAAGUCACUUCGGCUUGUUCAUUUCAGCAAACUUCGAUCAGGGACACACCUUCUCUUGCACCACUUUCGGCAGCCCUUGUUUGUCCAAGACUGAUCGUAUAUGCCCAGAAGUAAUAGAAUGUUGGGGUGUUGUGCCAAAAGGAUCUGAAGAAGAAGCACAUAAUGGUCUCAAAGGUUCUGUAUUAGAGAGAUUUAAGGAAGAACGUAACAUGCUCAACUUGGUUGGACUUGCAAAUUCAAGCCAGUAAUC